AUGUCCCAUUUCCGAACCAUACGCGACCCUCAGCCACUGCUGGGGCGAUACACAACCUGCAUUGAUGUACAAUGUCUCCCAAAAACCUUUCAGGAUGCAAUCUUCGUAACCCGGAAGCUGGGCUUGCGCUAUGUUUGGAUAGACUCUUUAUGUAUCCUUCAAGACUGCGCGGACGACUGGCGCGCCGAGUCGUCCAUGAUGCGCUACAUAUACCUAUAUGGCGCACUGAACAUAGCCGCAUCGGCUGCCUCGUCCGACCAUGAAGGGCUCUCUUUCCCACGCAACCCGCACAUCACCCGCCACAUUCCCAUCUCCGUCACCUGGGACUCCCCGGACCUCCUUGCGCAGAAACCACGCGGCGCCUACUACCUCUUCAACGGCGACAUCUGGGACCGUGAAGUCGAGUUCGCCCCGCUCAACGCCCGCGGCUGGGUGCUGCAGGAGCGCUUGCUCGCACCACGCAUCCUCCACUUCGGUCGCAACCAGCUCUACUGGCAGUGCAACACCAUCUUCCACUCGGAGAUGUUCCCGCGCGACCUGCGGACCAAAAAUCUGGGCCCGUAUGUCCCGCGAGUGUCUUCCAACUUCAUGCGCUGUUUCAGCGGCCUGAAGAAGCGGCAGAGGAAGAGCAACAUGCCAAAGAAGGAGGACGACGGGCCAUAUGCCCGCUGGAGCGAGCUCGCCAACGCGUACAGCGCGACGGCGCUCACGCGCGGCCAGGACAAGCUGAUCGCCGUGCAGGCGCUCGCCGAGACGAUGCGCGACGCCACCGGGGACGCCUACGUCGCCGGCCUGUGGAGGAGUCGUAUCGUCGACGACGUGCUGUGGCGGACCGAGGUCGACGCGCUCCUGCCGUCUCCGCCGCCGCGCAGUGCUGCCGCCUCGUGCCAAAAUGCAGCGAUCACCGGGCGAUCGCAGCCGUGGCGCGCGCCGACGUGGAGUUGGGCAAGUCUGGACUGCCAGAUCGAAGCCAGGAGCACGUGGCACUACUCGGCGGCGCGGGGAGGCGAUGGCGACGACGAUGGGAAGAGGCUCGUGAGGAAGAUGGUGCCGGAGGUUGCGGGUUUCAAUGACGUGGGGACCGGACAGUUGAGAGAUGCGCGGCUGAGGGUGGAGGGGCUGCUGUACCGGAACACCCAGCCGUUGUCGUUUAGGGUCCUGGAGAGCCCGCUCAGUCUCUACCGGGCAGCAGAGGACACCACACCGUGGAGCAUGAAGGUGGUGCUCGACGAGUGGGAUGCCGCGUUCGCUGGCGAGAACAAAUACGUGAUCCCUACGGGCGCUUUGUUCUUCCCGGUUGGCUCGCCCAUAGCUGGUACCGUUGAAGGGCUGCUUUUGGAGCCGGUACCGAGGGCGAGCGGCCACUUCAAGCGAACGGCUUACUUUGAAGUGGAUCUUCUGCUGUACGGUAGCGACGACAUCCUGGAAGAGAUAAAUGUCUUGGAGGAUGCACAUGACCUGGGACUGGCCGGAUGUGUUGACGGAAAAGGUAGAACGCUCUAUCCAUUCACUCUUCUAUGA